GCAAGAACUGGACUCGUGGCGCCACAAGCUCAUUCACUGUGUAGGUCCCGUUUCCCUCUGUGCGGCGGCCGGCGGGACCAUAAGGGCUUAACUCAUAUAUUUAACCCCCCUCCAAAAAGGUUUGAAAGUAUUCUUGAAGGGCUGUUUGGACCUGCAUUAUUAAAAGAUCUCAGUUUAUUUAAAGACUGUGAACCUGAAAACAUUUCCGAUUGGACUUUUGAUGAAAAUUGUCUAUUCUGUUGCUUGAGAAGAGAUAAAGUAAAGGGACACUUAGUCGGUCUGGAUGAACCAGCUUCGGGAGCUGGGCAAGAAGCUCUGCUUAAACAAGAGCAAGCAAAAAUCAUUCGAUUCGAGAGACAAGCAGAAGAGUUCCUCAAUGCAGUCUUUUAUAGAAAAGACAGUCCCUGGGUCUCCGACCCCAAUAUUCCCCUAGUGGCCCGUGAGAUCAUGCAGCGAAUGAUCCAACAAUUUGCUGCUGAAUAUACCUCAAAAAAUAGCUCUACUCAGGACCCCAGCCAGCCCAAUAGCACAAAGAACCAAAGCCUGCCGAAAGCAUCUCCAGUCACCACCUCUCCCACGGCUGCAACUACUCAGAACCCUGUGCUCAGCAAACUUCUCAUGGCUGACCAAGACUCACCUCUGGACCUUACUGUCAGAAAGUCUCAGUCAGAACCUAGCGAACAAGACGGUGUACUUGAUCUGUCCACUAAGAAAAGUCCAUGUGCUGGCAGCACUUCCCUGAGCCAUUCUCCAGGCUGCUCCAGUACUCAAGGGAACGGUGAGAACUCAGCAGAGGCGAUAGCAGUAGAUUCUAACAAUCAGUCGAAGUCCCCACUGGAGAAGUUUAUGGUCAAACUGUGCACUCAUCACCAGAAGCAGUUCAUCCGCGUCCUGAACGAUCUGUACACUGAAUCCCAGCCGGGCACGGAGGACCUGCGGCUUGAUUCUGGAGCGAUGGAUGCAUCCACUUGCAAUGCUGGCUGUGCCCAGCUAGGCGCCAGACAUAAGGAAAAAGAUGCUGUGUGUCUCGAUAUGAAGUCUCCUCCUUCUGUAGAUUUGUUCGUAGACUCAUCAGACCCACACAGCCCUCCACACUUGACAGAACAGGCCCUGAAGGAGCCUCCUCCUGAGAUAAACUCUGCAGAUGGAAGGGAGAAUGCCAUGACUAUUAUCCAGAAAGCUUCCUCUGAACAUCCAACCACUAAACCUAAUUCUGGUAGUUCAACGGAUAGUUCCACUCUGGGAUACCUCACUGCAUCUAAUUCUUCCUCAUUAAGCUUCCACCACACCUCUAAGAGCUUGGAGGGGCAAACCACUGGACAGGAGCAAGACACAAAUGUGAAAAUAUGUGAGGAUGGGAAAGACCAUAUGCAGAGCUCAGCUUUAGUAGAAAGUCUGAUUGCAGUGAAAGUGGCACCUGAGAAUAGUGAGGAGAGCAACAGCUGUAUUGUUUCUCAAAGAAAUUCAUUCAAAGCUUUAUCAGAAGAGGCUUGGGACUCAGGGUUUACUGGGAAUUCACCUAGAACUGCUGACAAAGAGAAUGCUUUACUCUGUAGCUCAAAAACACCUCUGCGCCAGGAAUUAGAGUCCAGUGAACAAGAUUCAAGGCCAAAGCAAGAGAACCAUCUUCACUCACUAGGAAGAAAUAAGGUGAGUUAUCACUUACAUCCCAGCGAUAAGGGUCAGUUCGAUCAUUCCAAAGAUGGUUGGUUAGCCUCCAGCCCCAUGCCAGCUGUCCACAAAGCAUCUAAUGGACAUUCGCGAACCAAGAUGAUAUCAACCUCCAUUAAGACAGCUCGGAAGAGUAAGAGGGCAUCAGGGCUGAGGAUAAACGAUUAUGAUAACCAGUGUGAUGUCGUUUAUAUCAGUCAGCCAAUAACAGAGUGCCACUUGGAGAAUCAAAGAUCAAUAUUAUCUUCUCGGAAAACAGCCAGGAAGAGUACUCGAGGAUACUUCUUCAAUGGUGAUUGUUGUGAGCUGCCAACUGUUCGCACGCUGGCCAGAAAUUUACACUCUCAAGAGAAAGCGAGCUGUUCAACAGUGGAGCCAGAGGCAGUGGUCACUGCCAAGCAGACCCUCAUACUUUCCCCCCCUGGACCUGCUGUGGAUGUGCAGUGUCCCAGAGAAGACGACCAUGAAGAACCUAGUAAAGAAAUAACCUCCCUCAAGGAAGGAGAAAGAGAAGCUUCCUCUGAAAAGGAAUCUCAGGAGCCUGAGGUUUGCCCCAUGACAAAUAAACCAAAUCCGAGCAGCUCUCCCAGGUCAGAGGAAACGACAGCCUCCAGCUUGGUGUCGCCUCUCCCUCACCUUCCCGAAGAGGACACGCCAGAAGGCAGCUCCAUGGUCUCAACUCCCACAGCAAGUGGGGUGGCUUUCCCGGAACAAGAUCAACAACCAGUCCAACUGCUGGAUAUCAAGGAGGGGACUGUCAUCCAAGACGGUCACCUGGUUUCCUCUGCUGAGAGCAUUUCUGAGGGAGGCAGUGACGAUGUGGUUUCUAGGCCUCAUUCUUCUCCUGAAACAGUCAGCAGAGAGGAAGGUCCUCUGGGCUCAGAAAGUCAGAGUCCGCCCGUGGGUUUGGAGCCUCCCCUGAGCCUGGGAAAAGCUGAAGACAACCAAAGCAUCAGUACUGAGGCCAAGACUGAAGAAGACACUCAGGAGCUGGAUACCUGCCCACCCUUGAAGGAAAGCAGCACUUUUACUAAUGAAAACCCCGGAGAAAUUGAGGACAGUGAGGCAGCAGGUGGUACAGGAAAAUCAGAGGGACAGAGCAGUGAUGUAAAACUUUGUUCAGAAAAAGAUACAUGCGAUCAAAACAUUGAUUCACCUGAAGAGAAUGUGGACAAGAAGAAAAAAAGUAAAAAACUCCCUGAGGCCUCUGACAGGUGCCUAAGGAGUCAGCUUUCAGAUCCUUCGUCUGCCGAUAGGUGCCUGAGAAGUCAAAGUUCAGAUUCUUCCUCUGCUUGUCCUGAGAUCAAGAUUUCUAAAAAUCCUGGUAUGAAACGUUCUAAAAAAGAAGGGUGCCCUGGGGAGACAGCAUCUGAGGGCCUUCUGGCUGACGGCUUCCAUACAAAAGGUCUGGAGGACACUGAAAACCCAGGUGUUGAUGAAAAUCUCUCUGAGAAAGACACUGAGCAGGAGGGCGAAGGAGGUGGGAUCAUCACCAGGCAGACUUUUAAAAACAUGCUGGCAAAAGAAGUCAAGGGGGAAGAAGGAGAUAUUUUCCCCAGCAAUGAUCCCAUAACCACAGUGGGACAGCCCCUGCCUGGAGAGAGACUGGAAAUCUAUGUUCAGUCUAAGUUAGGGGAGAAAAAUGCUCAUGACCCCUCAGAAAGUAUUCCUUGUACUUUCCCAGAACAAUCAAAAGAGAAGCCAGAACGAAUUCCCACACAAGAUCUGGAGGAGGUUGUGAAUGAGGUCGGCACUGAAAACACCCAGUGUAAAGAUGGUGAAAGUGACCUGCCGUCCAGUGCACUGGGCUUGUCAAGUAGUGGAAGUGGUGAUGCUGCUGGGCCCCCAAAAUGGGUACCGAGGCUUACAAGACUGACCUCUUCAACCUACAACCUAAGACAUGCUCAUUCUCUGGACUCCUCAGACACUGCAAGAGUGACUUCAGAAAAGGAAGCAGCACAAGCAAACCCAAUGCCAAAGGAAGAUGAAGCUUCGGAGAGUGGAGAUCCCUUAGAAGAGGAGGAUGUGGACCCCGUGGUGGACGACCAGCCAAAGUUUGUGGAAUGGUGUGCAGAGGAGGAGAACCAAGAGCUUAUUGCCAACUUCAAUGCCCAGUACAUGAGAGUUCAGAAAGGCUGGAUCCAGUUGGAGAAAGAAGCCCAGCCAACACCAAGAUCAAGGAACAAGUCAGAUAAACUGAAGGAGAUUUGGAAAAGCAAGAAAAGGUCACGGAAAUGUAGAGGUUCAUUGGAGGUUCAAAAGUUUUCUCCUGUUCAGAUGCUGUUUAUGACAAACUUUAAAUUAUCUAAUGUUUGCAAAUGGUUCUUAGAGACUACUGAAACCCGGUCACUGGUGAUCGUGAAGAAGCUCAACACUCGUCUUCCGGGAGACAUCCCCCCCGUCAAGCAUCCUCUUCAGAAGUACUCUCCUUCCAGCUUGUACCCCAGUUCACUACAGGCUGAGCGCUUGAAAAAGCACUUGAAGAAAUUUCCUGGAGCUACUCCUGCUAGGAACAAUUGGAAAACACAGAAGCUCUGGGCCAAAUUUCGAGAAAAUCUUGACCAGGUGGAGCCGGAGGACACCAGUGACGUCAGCCUCGGUCCCAGUUCUGAAGACAGCGUAGAGGAAGUCAAGGAAGGACGAAGUAGCCAUCCUCCCACAAACUCACCUACCCCAGCCAGUACCCGGAUCCUCAGAAAAUAUUCCAAUAUUCGAGGAAAGCUGAGAGCCCAGCAAUGUUUGAUCAAGAAUGAGAACACGGAAAGCCCGUUUGGGCAGGCUGUGGAAAGUAAACAGAGUUGUAAGAGCGUAUGCAUCAACCCUCUGAUGUCCCCCAAGCUUGCCCUGCAGGUGGAUGCAGAUGGGUUUCCUCUUAAGCCCAAGAGCACUGACGGAACGAAGGGAAGGAAAGGGAAGCAGGUGGCUGAAGUCUUGCCGAAAGCAGAAGUGCAGAAUAAACGCAAGAGGACAGAAGGCGGCAGCACUCAGGACAGGAAGGACAAGGGACCGGUGGUGAAAGCCAGCAAAGACAAGCGUCCUGAUGGAACCGCCAAAACCCCUGCUGCUAAGAAGCCAGCUGCCAGGGACAGGAUCAGCCAGCUGCCCAGAAAGACGUCCUUAAAAGAGAAUAAAGUGAAGAUCCCUAAAAAGUCUCCCGGGAAGAACUGCCCUCCCUCUAGAAGGGAAAAAGAGAAUACAAACAAAAGACCCACACAGCCCCCUGCCUCGGAGGCAGGGACGAAACCUGCAAAGCAAAAGGGGGCAGGUGAGUCCUCUUCAAGGCCACAGAAAGCCACCAACAGGAAGCAGAGCAGUGGAAAGACUCGGGCCAGACCCUUGACAAAAACCCCGGAGAGCAGUGCGGCCCAGAGAAAGCGAAAACUAAAGGCAAAGCUGGACUCUUCUCACAGCAAACGGAGACGGCUGGAUGCAAAGUGAUCAGAAGGCUGGCAGCCACGAGUUAAAACUGUCCUGCAGAAGUAACCCUGCAUUGUGCAUUAACUAACUCUGCUUUUAUAAGCUUAUCCAGCCUUUCAAAGCUGCAGGUAACGGAGAACACCACAACUGAAGAUGCCAGAAAAUGCAUCUCAGGUGGAGAAGGGAACUUGCAGAGUCUUUCUCUGAGGCUGAGUAAGGGAAGUUAUAUAUUAUAUUCUGGUUGUUCCUUGGGUUUUAAACUUGGAACCAAGCAGUUUUAGUUUUUAAAAGUACAGUGCCUUAUUUAUCCUUUUUGUUUUUAAAUUUACGAAAGCUAAAAAGCUGAUCUAUGUGAUAAAGGCUUGUAUUUUAUACUUGAUGCACAAGCACUUGUAGCCGAGAAGAUCACCAUCAUGCACAGAAAAGUAGCUUUUCAGCAGCCGCCCUGCAGCGUCUGUCCAUGAGCAGACGCUCCUCUUUGCAAACCCAAGCAGUGAACUUCCCUCUCUGUCUUGUUUGUUUGUUUAAAUGAUAUUCGAAAGCUAAACCAAAUCAUUUUUAUGGUAUGUGGAGAUUGCAGAGGGAAUUUAUAAUUAUUAUGAAAGACGAGUAUUUCUGUUACUCCUUUUUAAAAAAAUCAGAUUCAUUGUUAGUCACUCCUCCCACUUUUGACUUUAUGUCAUUUAAAAAAAUGUAUUCUAAAUGAUGCACCCAUGGGACAAAAGAUGGGUCACAAGGUGUUACUAUUGGGUUAGGACCUCUAAAAAUUAUUUACAUCCCCCAGGUGAUUCACAUAACUGAUUCUUACCAUCCCUUUCAUUUUUGGCCUUGCAAGCUUGCUGGCAUUCGAAUAAGGCUUUCACCUGACUUCGGGGGGAGGUGGGGAAUGUAGGAUUUUUUUUUUUUCAUCCUGUAACUGUAACUUGACAAUUAGGAUGAGAGUGACUGUUCUAAUCUUCUUUCUUACCCUGAAUAUUUCCAUAUUCGAAGAAAGCCAAGUUGUUAUUUCCAGUAAUAGAAAAGUUUAGGAGUUUGUGUGUGCAUGUACAUUUGGGUGCAUUUGCCUGUGCUUAUCAGCCACAGAUGUCUCCCAGCCCCAGUACAGUAAAAUUCUUUCUUCCCCAUGCAUUGUGCUAGGGUGUUCAUGAGCUGCAUAAGUAGCACAGGCCAGAUGGUUCAAAUGUGGCCCAGGGUCUCUACAUGAGUAUCCGCAAAACCAGUUUGGCGCCAGACUCAGAGAGGUCUAAACAGCGCAGAGUCACGUGAAGGUCAGAGCAACCUUGCAGUUGGAGGAAGCAGCUCAGCAUCUUGUAGCGGGGCCCACGUCCCUCCUCCCACCUGGAGCUGAUGUUCAGUUGGCUUGUCCCAAUGUGAAUGUACGUGUUUCGAGUGGGUGUCAGCGUUCUGACUGAUGAGCACUGUACUGGUACUUAACGCUUGGAGUAUCACUCUUGCCUCUCUCACGGCAGGUUCUGUUUCUUGGCUCAAAGGUGAGAGCUGCAGUGUUUGUAACUAAUGUUGUUUGCCUUUCCCGAAUGACGCCUGAGGUGGUUGCAUUGGUUUUACCUUGGUGCCUGUAACUUUGCUCCAUUACAACGCAGUGUGUACUCAGCAUUUCCACUGGUCCACUCUGCAAAGCAGGCUUGGUUGUGAGAGCUCCUCUGCUCUGUGCUCUGUCACAGAAGUAGGCUUGUAUGGACAGGGGCUCCUCUUUUUUACUAAAACGUUUCCAUUUAGAUUGUUCAGAUCUGUUUAGGUAAACCCAGAUGGACUUUUUUCAUGCAUAGUUCCAUCAAAUCAUGAUAAAACAGGGCUUCUACCAUUCUGUUAAAGGUUUGCUGUAUAUAAUGAGAACUUCUGCUGACUGGAUAGGACUGGAGAGAAAGUUCGAUUCAUGGGAAAUUGAGAAUUGUGUUGAAUUUCAUAGACUAUCUUCAAUGAAGCCUUGACUUUCUUUCCCUUUAUGUCUCCUCUAUCCCAUGAGUCUCUUUUUUUUUUUUUCGUUUUAAUAUCUUUGACUUUGGCCAUUCAAGAGCUACCUAUAUGAAUGAAACUGCUGAGUGUGUAUUUUGGGCAGCCCUUUCUCAGCAUUAAAUUGCACAGAAGCAUUAGUAUGUUUUGAGUAGGUUUGGUUAAUCUUUGAAAGUGGUUUUGAAGUUUUUAAAAAAUAUUCUCAUAUAGUCGUCACUGGAUCCUGUUUUUGUGGUGACUUAAACAGCUGAGGUUUGCUGAGGCCACAUGUGCUGACUCCAGGUGCCCCCUUAGCGGCACGCAGAUGCCUUGUAGUGCUGCUUGGGUGAGGUUAGGGAGAGGUGUGAGGCAGUGAGCAGGGGCAACCCGUCCAGUUCCAGGCUUAUAAUGCAUUCCAUUACCUUCCUAAGUUCUUUUUCAUUUUAAAAAGCGUGCUUCAAGGUAAUAGCCUUUCCUGUCAUUUUAGGCCGCAGCUGAGAAAAGGUAUCUGUGUGGAUAUGCAUUUUUUUAUAUAUACAUACACUGCAGUGGUCAUCCUUAAAAUCAACUUAACAUUUUAUAGUAGUAACAACACUUCAAUAGACUGAGAUUCUACAUAAUUAGAACACUUAAAAGUUUAGAGGUAUUUUUAUAUUUGUUGAAUCUCAUUUUUGCUGAUUCAGUUAAUUUUGCUAAUAGAAGAAGCGGGGGGGAAAUGAACUUGAGGGCUGGCUCUGAAAUGCCCUUUUACACUUACAGCCAAUGCUGUCUAGCCGCUCCUAUACACCUCCAAGCCAGACCUGCAGCUGACUCAAGUCUUCCCUGGUUUUCCCUGUCUUGCAAAGACGUCCUCUUUAUAGCUGUUGUCACAGUAUGGCUGGCCGCCAGAUGCAAAGGCAGUCUGUCCCACAUUCCAGAUUCCAAAUCACGAAAGGAUUCUUCUCCUGGGGCUAGCACCAUGACUGACCCAGCACCAGAGCUGAAGUUGCUUAUCAGAGAACACUGGUAUUACCUCUGAGCUUCUGGGAGAGCUCCAGGGAAGCAGUCUCGGAAGCUCUACCUUAGCUCCCCAGAGCUGGCUCUCUUUGGGAGACCCCAUCUUCUGGCUCCCACUUCCUGGCCUCUAAGGCUCCCUGGGUUUGGGAGGACAACAUGCAGACCCUCCCUAGUCAGGGCCCAGAGCCUCACCACAGCACUCCCUCAGACCCCAAACAAGCUACAGCACACAGGGAGGCAGCCACCCUUUAUUCUGCUCUUAAGGCUUCCUGCACAGGAAUGUCACUGCUGUCAGUCUGCAGUUGCUAGAUCCUUGGGUCCCAUAGGUAGGCCAGUUCUGUCACAUGUGUAUUUCAGUAAAGAUGUCUACACAAGCCUUCUCUGAAAACAAUAAAAAUCUUGGGCUGUGGGUUUGGUUCUUGUGGUAGUAUGGAUAGGAGAGGUGCAUGUCGCAUCCCUUCACAGAUGUGGUGCUCCUGACGGGCUCCUCUGUGCGCUUCUCACUGUUCAUGUAGGAUAUCAGUGGAACAUGUCACUUCAAGACAGUUGCUUUGAACUGAAGUUUGGUCUCUUUCCUGCCUUGUGAUGGGUUGUGUAGUAAGGGCUGUAGCUGUUACUUUCCUCUCUGGGCGGCGUCUUGCUGAUUGAAGGACCUGAGAGCUGAGUAGGAAAGGACAGCAUGCGACACAAUGCAGACAUCACCAUCCGUGAGUCUGGUGGCUUGUCACCACACCUGGGACUGUCUUGGAAUUUCCCAGGGUGCUGGGUCCAGGAGCCACCCCCGUUCCUUUUGGUUUCCUGUCAGGCCACACAAGCCAUCUUUUUUACAGACACCCUAUCAAGGGUCUGUAGAAUAUGGGCUGGUCGCUCUUUUGUAAAUAAAAGUUUAUUGGAACAUAGCCAUGCCCGUUUGUUUAUGUAUCUUUCAUAGCUGCUUUCCAGCACAGCAGAGUAUCUACAACAGAGACCAUAUGGUCUGCAAAGCUGGAAAGAUUUACUGUCUGGGCUUUUCAGAAAAAAUUUGCCAACCCUCCUUGCUUAAGAAAAUAAUCCUUUUUCAAGAACAAACUUUGCAUGGUUGAUCUUGGUUUUGCCUCCCCGUCCUUCUUUUCUUUUCUUCUUUCUCCUCCUUAUCUUCCCUCAGUUUUGUUCUUCCUUUUAGAUUUCUUUCUUUCUCCUUGCUGCAGAAGAGACACGGUGUGUUGUUACAGCACACUGAAUACGUCUCCUAACACUUGAGCUACCGCAGCCUCCCAUCUGCCUUCUCCAAGCCGCCCACAGUGAGGCCUCCGGCAGCCUCCAGAGUCAGGCCCCACAGGCAAGGAGGGCUUCAGAGUUCUUCGUGCAGCCCAGGCCUCUCAUUUCACUCGGUCCUUAUCUUAGACCUGACUCUGGCUUCACAUCUUGAGUGUUACUCAGACAAGCCAAGAUUUGGGUUUUGUUUGUUUGUUUUCAAAAUUGAGAAUACUUCAAUUAGAGGCUCAGUUUUCUGAGCCCCAUGUUUAGGGAAAAUACGGAAAAAGCCUUUUCACAGAAGGAAAACAAAGUGCAGUCACUAACCCAAAGUAUUCAUUAUGUAAUGUUUUUGACCAACUUCUAGGAAAAUAAAAAUGUAUCAGUACUGAUAUUUUUUCAGUCACAUACUCUCCUUUCAAAAUAACUUCAUUAAAGGCAAGCCAACAAAUAAAAAAAUAGGGGCUUGCUUGAACAUGCUCUUAGGAAAGAAUAGGAAAUUGGAGCACAUUAGAACCUGAGUAUGACUGCAAAGUUGUCCAUUGUGUCUUUGGAUCAAAUCCAGUCAGCCUCCAAGCUGUUGGUCUUUCCUUUCCCCAACAAGUCAAGGAUAAGCUUCUAUACUGUUCUGCAAAUGAAGUUGAAUGCCGUGUUAGUGAAAAAAUUUCUGUCAGUGGCUCCAGAACAAUGAUGAUUUCAAUUAUUUUGAAAUAGUUAGUUAUUAUUUUGACUUCUCAGCUAUUAAUUUUUGUUUUCUUAUGGCUUGAUGUCCACUGAAAUGCUGGAAUUUUUUCCUACAAGUUUGAAAUCGUGUCUAUGUAUAUCUCAUUGGGAAGGCAGUCCUCACAUCCCCAGCAGUAAGCAUUCUUCCCCCGGCUUGCUCCCACAUCCUUUUUCAGGGAAGAAAUGAAAAUUUAAAAAAGUAUUAUAUUUAAAACAAGCAGAAUUGUGGAAAGCCUUUUGAGGUAACCUUCAAUACAGUUCAUCCCUUGACAUGUCAGAACAAACUGCUGUUCUACAGUGGACAGAGUGGAAGACUUGAAGGCCUGACCUCUCUCCUUUAACGAUAUUAAGUCAUCCUCAGGCAGAAACCCAGAGCUCUCUGAUGCUGCUUCCGACUUCAGGCUUUGCCAUGUUGUGCCGGGGGACCCAGAGGACCACCCGGAGCACUUCUGCAGACAGUAUGCUUGCUCAUGCCUUUGCUCUUGGAAUUGAGGCAGCGCUGGUCAGUCCCUUCCAUUACCUCCCAUCUGCCUGAUCUUCCCUUUCCCAGAGCACUGGUGGUGUACUGCUCGGUGCUCAGGAGACAUCCUCAACUUCGGUGUUCAGCGGGGCAGCUGUGUGGUUAUGCCCACCUGGCAAGCACAGCGACGCACAGAGGCUUUCUCCCCUGCCUGAGACCAGUCCACAUCACACAAGGUACUCAGCAGUAGGCAAGGUACGUGAAAGAACAGGUUGCCCACGAAACAGCCAGCAACAGCAGCAAAAAACAGGUGCUUGAGGUUUUAUAAUAUACCAGAGGUUGGAGGAAUGCAUUUUACCUUUUUUUUUUAAAAAGGAUUGUAUUAAAAGAAAAUAAAUUACCGGGACCUACUGUGUAGCUGACACAGCCUAAAAUAGAAAAUAUCCACCACCUGGCUAUUUACAAAAGAGGUUUCCUGGCCCUUGUAGUGUGUCAUUCGAGGUCAGUUGUGCAGUUAGGCACAAACGUUUUUCCUGCAUUCCAGCCUCGCACCGUCUCUGUCCUUUCAGACGGGAGGGCAUCUUGCCACGCUGUCUCAGCACACAGCUGUUGUUGCACGUUACUUCUGAGUAAUGCUUGUGCACAAAAGAAAAAGAAAAUAUUCCCCUUCGUUGAUUGAAUAUUUGUUGAAUCAUGAUCUCAUCUAGUAGGUUAAGUAGUUAAAACUAGAAGUACAACGUCUUUUAAGUCUUCCUCUGUGGCAAACAAAUUUAGUAAUGGACCUGAAGCCGAAAUAGUGCCUCUCCUGGCCAGCCCUAGUGGGCUCCUUUCAGCCCCUAGCGCUCUCCUUUUCUUUUCCAUGUAUAGUAUAUUUGCAAGCUCGCUCCCCAAGCUUUGGUCACCAUUUGCGAAUAUAACUGGCCAGGCUGGGCCUGUUUGAACCUCAAAUCCAGCCUAGCCGUUCUCAGCUCUCCUAGAAACACCAGCAUGUUGAUGGCCCUGGUUGGCACACCAGCAGCUGUAGCUUGAAGCAGCUCAGAGCUCUCCGGUCUGGCUCGGCUCGUUUGGGGGAGCCGUCCUAGACACCUCACCUCUUCCCUCUUCUGCUUAGGCCACCCCGCCCCCUUCCAGGAGGUGUCUUCUCGGAGAUGGUCUCCCAUCUCCUGAGCACGUCAUUGACCACAGACGUGUCAUACUAGAAGCGUCUUUCUCUCUGUAACUCUUUAUUUUCCUUCUAGAAUUUAGCCAUUGGGUCCGGAUGCUCUUCAGUUUAUCAGCUUUUUCAGCCCACUUGUUUUCUACAAUCUGCACUUCAUGCUUCUUGCUGCUGAAGCUGUAUGUAGUAUUUGGGAGGUCGUGUGUGGGAAAGAUGCUCUACAGACAAGAUCCACAUAAUUUUGUAUAUUUAUACCACAGAUAGGGAUUCGUUUAGAGCCGUUUCACCAGUGUUCUAGGAGACUGUGAUAUGGACUACGGUUUCAAAUACGUUAUAUAAUACAUAGUUAUACACACCACCGUGGAAUUUAUUUCACUGUGUAAAUAGUGAUAUUUUCCUGUUCAAAUGCUUCUAUAGAAAAUAUUUAUUUUAACAACAAAAAAUUAACUGUCAAAAGGGCUUUCCAAAAAAGUGUUCUUUCUAGCCUCUCAUCUUCCCCAAUUACCAUGCUCAUCCAUUAAACCCCCAAACAACAGCGUGAAGGCAGAGGGUGCAGCCUUGAAACCUUCCCUCUGUUUGGGCAUAUGCAAUGUGGAUUGGGAACCUGAGUGCUUCCCCCCACUGUCAUCCCAUCCCAGAACAAAGUGGGUCUCCCACCACCGGUAUGGCUGUGCCAGGCACGGCACCAGGGCUCGCCUCAAGCAGCCCACGUUUUGCAUACACAGUUAAUAUCUUCCGACUGUCCAACAGCCUGUAGAGGGAAAUGAGCCUUAGUUGUAACCCCAAGGAAAUCCAAACCCAUACCUGUGGGAUAUGGAGAAACCACUGGCUGCCUAAAGAAAGCAUUAAGAUAGGUUUUAGUCUUUCUCAUGUUUGUGAAAGACACACACCUAUUCACAUUCAUUAACCAUGGGAGAUAAGCGUGUUUCCUUCUGCACCUUGGCAGCACUCACGGGCACCUCAACUCUCCUCCUCCUCGUCCUCCUCCCUGUCUCAGCAAGCAUCUGUGCAGACGUGGGCCAGUCCCACCCGUAACCCGUGGUUACAGAAGGAAACCGUCUGUUCUAAGAUGUGUGCAGCUUUUACUUCUCAGGAGUCUUGGUCUGCGAUUCACAGCACCCCUAGAUGUAAAGGAACUGAUGGCUUUAUGAUCAUGUUCCUCUUCCCUGUGCCCCAUUCCUGGGCACCUCUGUCUGAGUCAUGAUUCUCGUUCCGCCCAGCGGCUAGACUGGGAACCGAGGCUCUGGGACCGCAGGGUGCUUGGGACUGGACACACGGGGGGUUUUGUCCUCCAAUUGAAUUGUAAUUUGCAUGUUUUCUAAUGGCCUCUCUUUUUUCUAACAAAUGAGGAGGACACUUGAACAGUAAUGCUGGAGAAUGUUUUUUCUAAGUUACUAUUUGUAAGCAAAUCUGAUUUUAAGAUGAAAUGUGAAAGGGUAACCAGGUGCCAGGGAAUUUAGCACUGAACUAAACAGUCAACACUUUUUUAACCUUUGCAGGAGGAAAUAGAUUUUGCUCUCAUCUAAUGUUCACAAGAAGUAAUGUUGUAAAUAGUUUUUUAAAAAUAUUUAUUACGUGUGCUGUAUACAGAUUCACGUUCUGAGUGGUGUUGGUCUGCACUGUAGUAUUGUAGAAGGAUAUAUUUUGAGCAGUGGACUUACUUUCAUAACACAGUUCACACAUGGAGAAAGAACAGAACCAGCAGGUUGAGAGCUGUUUGGGGCAUUUGAUCUGUAAUGCUACAUCAGUCCAAGCUUUAACUGCCCCCUCUUCUCUUCUGGUUAUGUUAUAUGUUAUAUAUAUUAUA